AUGGCACAGCUCAGGGCAGUUCAGAUAUUGAGGUCUUGGCGAUUAUGGACCAAGUCGACGUUCUUAAUUUGUGACAUCCUCGAGGCUGUUGGCCUUGGCAACCGCCUGUCCAGGAACCUCUCGACUCUUUAUGACGAUACUCUGUCGGCUUAUUGGCCCUUGGAUAGCACACAAAUUUCCCCAGCAUGCAUUUUCUUUCCGCAGUCCGCCGAGGAGGUCGCCACGGCCGUGGAGGUGCUGGGCGUGUCGGGCACCGAUAACAACGACGGAAACUUGAAGGGUUGCAACCAGAGCUGCAAGUUCGCUGUGCGUGGUGCUGGGCACACUGCCAAUCCGGGAGCCAACAACAUCCGGGAUGGCGUAACAAUUGACUUCAGUGAGUUGGUGUAG